CAUCCGAACAGUUGGAAGCUUUGCAUUAUAGAUAUACAUUCCAUUGUGUGUUUAGAAAUAUUUUAAAUAGUAUAACAAACAUUUGGAAUUAGUAAAAUAUGGGUCUACCUCAACUAGAGACAUGCUGUUUUGUUUUCGAUUUGAAAACUGGUAACUUGAUUAUUGGCGGUAUCAAUGCGUUCUUCUCAUUCGUGUUACUGGUAAUAAUGAUUGUAACUGCAGCCACAUUGGGUGCAAUCCAAAAUACGGGAGACCCAGAGAUAGACGCAGAAUUGACCGGAGGUUAUGUUCUAUGCAUCAUACUCGCUCUCAUGCUCUUAGCUAAAUUUGCACUGGAUUUCAUAUUCAUUUUCGGUGUUGUAACGGAACGAGCUCCAAUUAUAAAAUUGUAUUUCAUAGUAUGGAUCGUGUUCUUUAUACUAUCAAUGUUCGUAUAUUUUUUGAACAUCACACAUUUCAAUUAUGGUAUCACUUGUACACAAAUAUUUUAUAUGGGUCUCAACGUAUAUACAAUUCUGCUUAGUCAAAGUUUCUACAGACAGUUGAACAGUCGGGAGGAAGUAUAAAUAAUAAACUGAAUGUGGUAUAUUGGAUGGAUUAUAAUAACAGAGCCUUAUUGAAACAAUAACAUUAUAAUCAAUCGAUUCAUAAUACCAUAACAUACGAUAUGACUUAUACAGUAUUUUAUAUCAGUAAAGUUAUUUAAAUGUAGAUUACCUAAUGCAACUGUAAUAAGUUUUAAAUUAAUUUCUUUCGACAGGAAAAAUAUUCACACAUCCAUUUAUUUUAAUAUUUAUUAAUUUAUUAAAUACUUUUUAUAACUAUGUAAGUAUUAAAAUUUGGUCAACUUAUUUUGUUUCGUGUUCUGGAAGGAUCUGGAAAUUUCUGGAUCUGGAAGUCUUCAUGGUGAUUCAGGCGUCGGCACAGCUUCUGACAACUGUGUUAGACUAACACAAAUUCCUAGUAAUGUGUUUUUUUUUUAAUUUUUAACAAUGCCAUUAUUUACUGGAUUUGAAAAUUAUAAUUUACUGUAUUCUAACUUAUAUAUCAACAAUUAAGUAUUUAG